GGCGCGCCGGCCGGCGGGACCGGGCCGCCCUCUGGUGGCCGGGAGGAGGUACUGCGGGCGAGGGAUGGAGGCGGAGCGGGGCCGAGGGGCCGCCCGGCCGGGGCCGGGGUCGGGGACCCGCAGGAACGGAGGGCGCCGGGAACAGGAUCCCGACGUCCGACUGUCCAAGGCCCUGGCCUUCGUCCUGCGGCACGGAGCCGCUCAGCUCGGCCUGCGCAUCGGCGGAGACGGAUUCCUGGCUGUGGAAGCCAUUCUGCAACACCCCCACUACAGGCGUUACACGGUACAGGACAUCAAGCGGGUUGUGGACACCAACAAGAAGCAGCGAUUCACCCUACGCACGCACCCCGAGACCGGUGCGCUGCAGAUCAGAGCCAACCAGGGUCACACACUGCAGGUGGAGGAGUUGGAAUUGAUCCCAAUUUCCCUGGAUAGUGGGAAUGUCCCAGCACAGGCCAUCCACGGGACCUACCUGAGACACUGGCCCCUGAUCAAAGCCCAGGGGCUGCGGUGUAUGUCCCGCAGACACAUCCACCUGUCCCUGGGGCUGCCCGAGGACGGCAGCAUCGUCAGCGGAAUGAGGAGCAGCUGCGACCUGGCGAUCUUUGUCGAGCUGAGGAGAGCGCUGAGCGACGGGAUACCAUUUUAUUUAUCCACCAAUCAGGUGAUACUAACUCCCGGCAACGAAGAUGGGGUUUUACCCCCGAAGUACUUCCAGAAAGUUCUUCAGUUAAAACCAACCAGGUGUUUGCUCCCCUGGCCGUGAGGAUUGUUUAUCAGUGCAAUAUACAACCACCUUGUGAAUGCAGAGAGAGUCCUCGUUGUGUGCUGGGUCCCCUUGACAGUCUGUGUUACAACAACUGACCGUGAAACUUGUAAUUAAUCACAAACUCACUGUACAGUUUUGGUGUUUUUAAUUGUAACCAUUUAUCAAAAAACAUCCCACACAAGCGA